AUGUCGCUGUACUCCCUCAAGAAGCAGCAGCUGGUGAACAUGCUUGUCGAGCUGGGAGAGAAGCCGCCACAGAGAUGGAACAUGACCGAACUACGUCAAAGGAUCCUCGAGCUGAAGCCAGAGAUGGGAGAAACACAACGAACUCGGAAGGUGGUGGAGAUUCCCGCCGCGGAGCGGACAUUGAAGCAGUGGGUGCAGGUGAUCAACCAGGCCUCACAGCGAAAGAGCGAACUUCGACGCCUGUGCGAGAACGACAUGCACCUCAUGGUGACGGGCAACGAGACCAGCGGCAAGUUGGAGAACAUGGCUGUGGUGUGGGCCCGGAACAAUGUGAAACCCGAAGCCGAGGACGAUGUGGGCUUCGGGAAGCAUGCCGAUCUCCAGUACAGCGACAUCAACGAGAGGUUCCCAAGCUACAGAGAAUGGGUUCUCAAGAUGGACACGGAAGAGGCCGAGGUGGACCCCCGACUUCGCAGGCUGGCCAAGUGGCUGCGCCAGAAUCCAGUGGGGACCGCGACUCGGGCCAGUGGCUCGACGGAACCAGGAACCUCACCGGGACGUGGAUACGUCUCAACGAGAGCCCGCAAAGUGGAUGGACCCGAAGAAGAACCACCACAUCAGUUGUCGCAGGCGAAGGCGAUUCAGGACCUCUCCCACAUGGUCCAGAACCUGCAGCAGGAGAUCUCCGAACUGCGGGGCGAACGUCCUCGGAAGAAGGAGGCGAGUCGAGGAACGAAGUUCGAGGGGUCAGAGGCCACAGAGACGGAAGGCAGCUUCAAGAUGGCUAGCCGCAUCGAACAUUUGAGCCACGGAGUGGUUCCUGAGAUUUUCCAGAGUGUAGUUGGUAGAGGUAGACCUGUCCUAAUGGAAAUCGCUUGUGAACCGGAUAGCAUACUAGAGCAGGCUGUGCGAAACCACGUCGGAGACGAGGGUGCGACUAGCAGACUUUCUGUGUGGAAUGGUGCUGAUCUGAGCACCAAAGAGGGCAUUCGGUUCGCUCUGACACGUGUUUCACAGGAGGCUUUGAGACAGGCGGAGGAGAUGGCCAGCCAACUAAGUAGACAAGGCGAUUUCAGCUUUGAGGCUGCUGAACAACUGGCGGUUCUGAUGCCAGAGGGAAGCCAGCCGGGCAGGAGAGGUUCGGUGAAGAUGAAAAAGGCGGGGUAUUUUGUGUUCGGGGGGUAUGCCAGGGGCGGCCACCAGGGGGUCACCAGGAGGACCACGGAAUUCCCGAAAUGCACCCAGUACUGGAAUAAGUUCUUACGCCGUCAUGUCGGGCCCUCAGAACACUGGACCUCGAUUGCAAUAAGUAUAAACAACCACAUGAAGAUCCACAGGGACGUGAACAACAUGGCUGGGUACAAAAACCUCCUGUUAGGUUUCGGGAACUACACGGGAGGAGGCCUGUGGGUGGCGGGACAACAGGGUGAAGCGAUACGGAUCACGGGAAAUGGGGAAAAGACUAAGGGGUGUGUUCUGGAAACUAAGAGGCGAGUGGUUAAGUUUUCUCCAAAGGACUGGCAUGGGACGGAACCAUGGACGGGAACCCGUAUUGUGCUUGCCGCGUAUGUCAGUAGAGCCACACACAUGUACAACGCUGAAGAGAGAGAAGUGUUGGUUCGUCUUGGCUUCCGGCCACCGCCACGGCCCACCAACAUGGCGUGCGUCUCACAAACACCAAAAAGGGAUGAUACCACAGGAAGGGAAGAGGAGCACAUCAAGCGACAGCUCUACAAACUACACGCCGCCACAGGGCAUGGCUCAACUAAACACUUGGUCUCUGCUCUGAAACGCCGUGGCGCCAAGCCCGAGGUCAUACGCAUGGCUGAACAGUUCAGAUGUUCCAUUUGUGAAGAGAGACAGAAGUUGCAGCCCAGACAUGUUGCUUCUCUGGAACCCCUUCCCCCUAAAUUUCACACUGUGUCGGCGGAUGUGGGACAUUGGUUCCACGCUGGGAAGGGGGAACAUGUGCAGUUCAUGUGUGUCAUCGAUGAGGGGUCUCGUUUCCGAGUUGCUAAGAUCUUGUCUAGGGGAAAGAAACAACAGCCCACGGGUGCCGCCUGCGUGCAGUAUCUAGAUGAGGGCUGGAGCCAAAUCUUUGGACAGCCCAGAACUCUCCGGCUGGACCCAGCUGGGAAUUUCCGCAGCAAGGCUGUAGAGCUACAUUGCGAAAGAAAUGGGGUGUUCUUGGACCUAGUGCCUGGGGAGGCACACUGGAAAAUCGGCGUAUGCGAACAAGCUGUCCAAGGCCUGAAGGAAGUGAUGGAUAAACUAGUAGCAGAUGAUGAGUCCAUCGAACCUGAGGAGGCUCUAUCCACCGCCGUCCGCACGUUCAAUCAGAGGGAUCUGGUUAGAGGGUUCUCCCCCACACAGCAUGUGUUAGGACAGGCGCCUGAUGAAUCGGGGCGCAUCGAUGUGUCGACACCGGCGGUGCCGCCGGAAUUGCUGGUGGAAAACCCAAGUGGCGAGUUCCAACGAGCAGUGCGGCAGAGACAGGAAGCAGAGAAGGCGUUGGCGGAAUGGAUAGCACAGCGACGAUUGGUCAAGGCGGCGAACUCCCGUAGCCGCAAAAAUCUGCAGUAUCAGCCGGGGGACCUGGUCUACUACUGGAGAGUCCAAGAAGCCAAGAACAAGAAACUGCCUGGUGCGAAACGAGGACGGUUUGUUGGCCCCGCAAGAGUACUGGCAGUGGAACGACGACCUUGUGGCCCAGCAGAGACCACACAAAGCUCAAUCGUGUGGCUAGUGCGAGGACGCCUUCUUGUGAAGGCGUGUGUGGAACAACUUCGACCAGCUUCAGAACGAGAGGAGCUACUGGAGGCCGUGUCGGAGGCGAAGCCAACCCCCUGGACGUUCACCAAGAUGGCAGAGCAGUUAGGCGGGAACCAGUACGAGGACGUCAGUGGCAUGCAACCAGAAGAGACCGAGUGGCGAAGAGCACAAGAUGUGGAUGAAGAGAUGCCUCCCGUACGGCAACACGACCGUCAUGGAGGUGAAGGCGACCAACGAAGGAGACUCCCUAAGCGAGAACAUCCGCGUGAAGAUUCCGAGGAUGAGGAACUCAUCCCCGACGAACAUCAGCGAUCACCGAACACGACCUCGCGGCGAAGGACACAGAAAGGACCACCCGAGAUCAUGUUCCAGGAGAAAGGAGCACGAUGGCAAGACCACAUCUCCGAGACGGCCUGGUACAUCGGAGAGCAGGCUUACUGGCAAGAUCAACAAGCGGGCGUGGAGAUUGAGGUGGACAUGCCGGACAAUGCCAGAGGUUGGAAGCAGGCGGUCAACAAUAUGGAGGCGUACAUGGUGAACAACCUCAAACGACGAGCCAUUGAGGUCUCGGAGAAGCACAUGACACCACAAGAAAGGCAGGCCUUUGCGGGAGCAAAGGCGGUGGAGGUCAAGAACUUCAUCGCGGCCCAGGCCUUCGAAGCGUUGCCAGAUCAUCUCAAGCCAAGCCGACAACAAGCGAUUGGGAUGAGGUGGUGUUUAACAUGGAAGUUGAAGGAGGAUGGAACCUCCAAGGCCAAGGCACGGGCUGUGUUGUUAGGAUAUCAGGAUCCGUCCUACGAACACAGACCAACCACCGCCCCUGUCAUGACAAGACAAUCGCGGCAAAUGAUCAUACAACAAGCCUCGAAUCGUUCCUGGACCCUUUAUAAAGGGGACGUCUCGGGGGCAUUUUUACAAGGCAAGGAGUAUGAGGAGUUGCUGCAUUGUGUCCCUUGCGAUGAAAUUUGCGAUGCUAUGGGGGUUCCUCGCGGAAGCAUCACACGCUUGCGCAAAGCCUGCUAUGGGCUUGUAGACGCCCCGUUGCAGUGGUUUCGCUCAGUAGCCGAUUUCUUCGCUUCCCUCGGACUCACUCAAACGUGGAGUGACGCGUGUACGUGGGUGUGGAGGGUUGAAGGACAUCUCAGAGGCAUGAUAUCAAGUCAUGUUGAUGAUUUUAUAUUUGGAGGUCGUGAUGAUGAUGCCGGUUGGCAAGAGAUACUCCAGAAGAUACAGGCGAAGUUCAGAUGGGGAGACUGGGAGCGCAAUGACUUCGUGCAAUGUGGUGUCCGAAUCCGUAAACAGGGGCCCAACUUUGUGUUAUCCCAGGAGCAGUACAUCGACAACCUGAAGGAGAUCCCUCUGAGUGCAACCCGGAAGCGUGAGAGAAAGGAGGCCACGACGGAACGGGAGAAGACCAGUCUGAGGGCCUUAUUGGGAGGCGUCAGCUGGUUGGCACAGCAGACGGCGCCACACGCCUCAGCAGAGGUAGGGUUACUCCUAUCAGAGGUCGGAAAGAGCACAGUGGAGACCAUCGUCAAGGCGAACAUCCUCCUGUCGCACGUCCGAGCGAAGAGGGACCAUCAGAUGAUCAUACAUGCUUUCGAACCGGGGCAGGACCUCACCAUGUAUGGCUGGGUAGACGCAGGAAGCCAGAAUCGAGUGGACGGCGGGAGCACCCAGGGAAUCUUCAUUGGUCUCGGGCCAACUCAGAUGCAGGAGGGAGCCUUGGGGGCAGUGAGCCCGAUGGCGUGGCAUUCGUCGCGCAUUGACAGAACCUGUCGCUCGCCAGGCACAGCUGAAGCACAAGCGGCUGUUAACGGCGAGGAUGCCCUCUUCUUUGCCAGGUACCAGUGGAGCGAACUGGAGUACGGCAACGUGGACCCUCGUGACGCCGUGAGCAGCGUGAACAAGAUCACAGGAUGCUUGGUCACGGACUCCAGAAACGUCUUUGACAAAUUAAAGACGGAAGUGAUCGUCAUCAAGGGCGCGGAGAAGCGAACCUCGAUCGAGCUGUUGGGACUAAAGGAAUCACAGCUGUCCACGGGACUCCGAGUCAGGUGGGUGCAUUCCGAGGCACAAUUGGCGAAUGGAUUGACGAAAAUGGGGAGAUCGUCCGAACUGGAGCUCUACUACCAAAUGGGGCAUUUUUGGAAGAUCGUCGAGGACCCUUACAUGAGAUCCGCUCGUCGCAGAAAGGCCGAAGGGAUGCAACCUCUCGAGGCACCAAGGGGAUUGAGUGCCAAAAAGGAGUUAGCUUUCGUGCCGCUACGCCGCACCAUUACCGAGCUCCCCGGCGUCCCCGCCCACAGCUUGAGCACCAGCUACUACGAUCUUCAGUCCUCCCACUAG